UAUUAUGAUAUGAAUAUUUGGGAUUGUAUUUAUUUCCUUUCUUUUCUUUAUUAUAAUCUCACUUACCCUGGACAGUAAUUAGUGCGCUAAUAUGUAAAGUUUCUGGCGUAUGUACUCAUCUUUUUCUGUUUUUUAAUGUAAUAUAUAAAGUUUAAUAGAUCAACUUGUACUCUGUACUUUGUCUACUAGUUUUUGUUGUAUAUAAACGAGUUUACACUGUGGAGCCUCUGAAAUUCUGAAAGCGGAAGUUGUGGAUAGCAUGUUGUACUUGCACCAAGUACAACAAUGUCACUACCAUCUAAAGUUAAUAAGGAAAACUUUCGCCUGCUGGACCUCUCAAGUGACGAGGAGUCCGAAGACUUGCAGCUAGAAAUAAUUCCUAGCAGAAAAAAGAAAAUCACAAGACGGGAACGCAGCAGAGGCACCCCAAAAACACCUGAGCCCAACAUAGGAGCAGAGGUGCGAUGCGCGCUCCGCUGGGCUCUCCGUGGCACACUAUUGCUCUGGCUGCUCAUACUGACAUGGAUCUGUGCCGCACUCUACGACCAAGUGUCUGCAAUGAGAGCUGCUGUUGACCAUGUAUCAACAACCAGCGGCGCUGUCGGCGACGCGCUCCAAGUGUGCCACACAGCGUCCAGAGAGCUCCGAGGAAAUGCGAGCAUACUCAGCGCUCGGCUGGAUAAGUUGGCAAUAGAACAUGCAGAACUCGUGAAACGAGUUGAACAGACGGCCAGCGAGCUCGCGGCGGUGUCGGGCCAGCUGGCCGCCGCACCCAAACUCGCUGACACGCCGCGCAGGAUCGCUGAGCUUCAGCAGACCGUCGGCUCGUUCGGAUCACAGAUCACGGGUUUCGACGAAACGCUAGCGUCGACGCGAAAGCAAGCGCUAGCGGCUUCCGCGGGCGUAGAAGAGGUGAAGAAGCUAGUCCAAGCGCUGGACGCACGGAGCAACGAGACCAUAGCCAACGUGACCGCCAACGGGAGGAGGGAGGACGAGAUCAAGCAGGAGAUAGCCACGCUCAACACCACGCUCGUGGGACGCGUGGAUGCGUUAGAGAAUAAGAUACAACUGUACACUAAAACGACGAGCACGGCGGCACCGACCACCACCAGCACGUCGACGACCACCACUACCACCACAGCUGUCCCGCCAGGUCCCGUAAAACCAAAUGUCCUAGGCGUCGGGCAGUGAGGGAGAAAAUCACUCCUGAACUCAAAACUAGAGUAAAGUAUUAAACGAAGCGUAAAGAGAUUGCUCAUAAUGAUCUCAAGGGAUCUUACGUCCACACAAAUAUACUGUAGAGUCAGAGACGUGGUAAUGGAAACCCUCCUGUAAGUAAGAGAUCUCUAGCUGUCAAUAUUUUUAUGACAAAGAGAUUUAUAGAUAGAAGGGACGUCUAGACAUGUGGGUAUUUUGGUUAGGGAGCCUAUAUAACCUCCAGAUAUGCUGAUCACUGGACUAAUCUGAUGUUUCAAAGCACUUAUAGGAGCUAUAGUUCGUUUUUUUUAGCAUUAAAAAGAACUUGAAAGAAGGUAAGCGAUCUAGACAUGUAUUUUAAUUGAUAAACGCUUUUUUUAAAUCAGUAACUAUUACUUAUGAAAGCAGAAGAAUAUAAAUGAUCGUAUUAGAUUCAUAAUUGUUACAUAUUUGCCGUAACUUAUUUUUAAAACGUGUUUUUCAAUAAAAAGACACAUCAAGAUUGUUUACCUGAUUUCUAAUGUUAAAAAAACGAACUAUAACAGAUAUAUUUGAGCGGCCAACAUGCAUACAAGCUAAACUCGCUGCUAUUGUCAUGCCGGUAGGGUGCAAGUCUUGGUGUUUUGAGAACCUUCGAUGCAUUUCAUUUACUUUUUGUCGAGAAACAUCGUUUGUCUUCUUAGCUACGGCCCCUGGGUGCGUAUCCAACAUGCUAACCCGUAGCGAACAAAACGCAACUAUCACUACCACAUUAAAAAGGAAGAGUGAUAGAGAGAGAUGACUACGCUACUCUACGCAGCGUUAAUGAUUGGCAUGUUGGCUAAGCACCCUGUUAUAUCUGAUAGCGAUUGUACGUAGCCACGGAUUAGUAAAUACGCAGCUUGAGGUGAUGAGGUUGUACGUUUGCAUUAUUAGGUACAGUGAUAUUUUUACUGGCCAUCGGUGGACUUUAUCUCGUUGUAACAAGGUUUACGGUUGGUCACUUACUUCUGCCGAAGAUUGUACGAUAGAAACGAACGCGACAUACGAAGUGUCUGCGAUUAGUCGCCAAAUGAUUCUAUAGUCUUAAUGUCUCGUGUGAAUUUUUAAUUUUAUAUAGGUAAAUACCGUUGUGUGGAUAAAGGAAUAAGACACAUAAAGUGGUAAAAAUAUCUUAAGUGAGUUAGCAGCGGAACUAAAUGAUGCUUUACGGCCUUAUAUGUACAGUCACCACACGGGAUUGUUAUGCCAUUUAGGGUUCUUGCUAAAUUGGAAAUUCUAUAGCGUAAGUAUUGAACAACCAAUUUAGCUAGGACCCUAAAUGGCGCAACAAUCGCGGAGCGUGAUGGUACUUUAUACACUGAGAUAUUUUGUACCACUUUCCAGGAACAUAUUCCUUUGUCGGUAAUAUGCAUAUGAUUAUUAUAUGUUUCUCGCUUUUGCCUUAAAGUAGUGUCAAUGUUUCGUUGUCGCACCUAAACAAUGUCGCAGGCACUUGGUGUGUUGUCGCCUUGUAAUAAUCAUAAAGUAAAUAUACCAAUAGUUUACUAUUGGUACGUAUACUUUAGGUUCAUUCUGUGAGUAUGGUAUUAAAUUUACUUUAGUGUUUCAUUACUUUUAGGAAAUUAUUUACAUUAUGACAGUACUGAUAAAUUCACGAAAACUGUAAUGUGGGUAUAAUGACCGACUUGUAUAAAAUGCAUGGUUUGUUUUUAAAACAAAGAAAGAAAAAGAGCGAAUUAAUCCGUCACAGAUACCAAUAUAUUUUUUUAAAUUAAUAAUAUCUACUUGUGGAAACUUGUAAUUGGCUUACUGUUUCUAUGUUAUUACCUAACUUGUUACUCGAGCUGUAAGUUUUCCUAAUAAAUAAAAUAAAAUAAAUAAAUAUCAAUACGAUACGUCACAAAAUUCUUACAGUCACGCUCAGGUUGUUGAUAUGUCCGAGUAUUGUUCUCAAAAUGAUUAAUAAUUUAACCUUUUGGACGCCAAUGACCGAUAUAUCCGCACCGCAGUUUCAACGCCAAAGACCGAUUAAUCGGUCACAGACCACAGAGCAACAUAGACCUACGUGCAUAUGCAUAAAGUUCAAUUUCAGUUUUGACACUUCGGUUUUGACAGUUUUUGUAUUUGACACGGCGUCGAAAAGGUUAAGUAAUUAUCUAAUAGUUUUCGUGAAUUUAUUGACUUGUGGACCAUAGUUGCUCCAUAGCAGCCAUUUAGAUAGCUUGAAGCUUCCACUGAGGUUUAGGUUUUACAAAAUGUAUUUAUUUAUUAUAUUCGUCACUAAAUUAAUUCCCUCCUUGUACGGUAUAAGUUGCAAUAAUGGCGAAGAGUGAGAACGAUACCAAUGUAAAUAGUUUACAAUAAUUAAAAAUUAAUUAUAACUUUAUAUGAGCACAGGAGUAAAGAAACGAGACCAGAGUAACAGGCUUCAUAAAUCCGUGUUGUUUUUUUAUUACAUUAUUAGCAGCGCGCGGCAUCUAGUUCAAUGGUUGUUUUUGUUCUAGGGACAACCGUUAUAAUGGGUGGUAUAGUUUGUAUGAAGCUGUUACUCUGUUUCGUUUGUUUAUUCGUGUGAUAUGAGCGUAGAGAUAUAUACAGUGUGGUCGCACUCGGUGUUACGUGGUUUUCAAUAAGUGCGUGAGUUUUAUUACUUGUAAUAAAUUAUUGUUAAUAGAUCAAUUAUUACACAA